UCGCGGCGUGACCCCGAGAUAAGAGGCGUCCUCCGCCGCGCCGAGCGCGCUCAGGUGAAGGGGGCGGCGACACGGUGUCUAUACCUGGCCACAACGGAGAAGCGUGUAAACCUCGCUGUAUUGCGCCGCGCUUUCGUGGUAGUUGGGUAACCCCCCUCUGCUGCUGGUUCCGGUCACACAUUGGACGCGAUGCCUGGCGGCUACUGCACCCGGACGUCGAGGCUACUCCUCCUCGCGGCAGUUGCGUACUGUUUGUUGACUACGCCGGGAUCAGCGCGACUGGAGGACGUGCCCAAGUUCAACGCCAGCGUCGCCUGCAAUGGAGGCACCUACAUCACUACCAGGCAGGGCUACCUGCACGGUCCAUCAUACGCCGACGCGGAAAUCAAGCGGCUAGCCACAGGUGCUGGCGCGCACCGCUGUUCUUGGACCUUGGACACCAACAGUUCUGCUAAGGUGGUGCGUCUGGUGAGCCAGUACUUCUCGCUGGACGACCACUGCCUGCAGAGCGUGCUGCGUGUGCAUGACGGCGCUUCCCGGGAGGCCCCUCUGUUGGCCACCCUGUGCGGUGCCGACCCGCCCGCUGAGCUGAUCACGUCGGCCGGGGCCGUGCACCUGGAGCUCGAGUUCCGCGCGGUGCACGUGGGCGAGGGCUUCAUGUUCUACUUCGAGCAUGCCUACAGGCCGGUGGAGUGCGCCGACGACCUCGUGAGCUGUCGAAACGGGUACCGCUGCGCCAGCAAUGAUCAGCUGUGUGACGGGAGCGACGACUGCGGUGAUGGCACCGACGAAGAGGACUGCUCCGUCUCGGCCGUGAACACCACGGCAGUGUUCCGACCGCCUGUUUGCGGCAGUGCCCCGACAGACACGGACCGGAUCGUGGGCGGUACGGAGGCCUCGAUGGACCGGUGGCCCUGGAUCGCCCAGCUGCGCAUGCCCCGGGACGAGCCGAACGGGUACCGCUGCACGGCCACGCUGAUAGCGCCCAAGUGGCUUGUCACCGCGGCGCACUGCUUCAAAGCCUCGCUGAAGCCGGACCGGUGGGUGGUGAACCUUCGCCGGCACGGAAUCAUCCUCCAGGAGGACGAGAGUGUGGUCCGCUACGUGCACCGCAUCGUCAUCCAUCCGGGAUACAACGGCUUCAAACCAUGGAACCACACGACACCGUGGCUCUGGCGGAAGGAGCAUGACCUGGCCCUGAUCGAGCUGAACGCUCCCGUCCCGGAAUCGGAGUCGGUGCAGCCCGUGUGCCUACCGGUUGAUCCCGACUACUGGCCGGCCAAGGGAACACUCUGCCGCGUCGCCGGUUGGGGAGUCACUCUGGACCCGACCCAGAGCCGCCAUUUUCUGCGAGAGGUGGCGCUACCGAUCGUGGACCGCAAACAGUGCCAGGCCUGGUUCACGGACCGCGAGAUCGGACAGACGCAUCUGUGCGCCGGCUACGAGCGUGGCGCCCGAGAUGCUUGUACGGGGGACAGCGGAGGACCUCUGGUGACGAGAAACGGAAGCCAGUGGAUCCUGGUGGGCAUCGUCUCCACCGGCGUCGGAUGCGCCAAGCCGCGACAGCCGGGCAUCUACACAGCCGUUGCUCCUUAUCUGUCUUGGAUUAACGAGGAGGCGGGACUAUGACACGCACCCGUAUCCGACUUAUUGGGGAACACGCAAUACCGUGGAAGAGUUA